AUGCCGGUAGCACCGGGUAAUGUGGAACGUUCGUUUGAAGCAAAACCACAUAUUCUGAACAUGCUACCUACCUUUCACGGGAAAGGUACUGAGGAGCCAUAUGCACACAUAGCAGAUUUUGAGGCAGUUUGUGGUAUGAUUGCUGGACACGGGUUCAUGCCAGAUCAGGUUAAGUUGGUAUUAUUUCAGUUUUCAUUAAAGGAUGCUGCAAGGGAUUGGUUUACAUCGUUGCCAUAUGCUAGUAUUUAUACAUGGCAAGAGCUGCAGCAACAAUUUUUGGAUGAAUAUUAUACCCCGCAAAGAACCAAAACGGGGAGAUUAGCAAUUAGAGAGUUCCAACAAUUACCGGGUGAGCUUCUUUACGAGUCUUGGAAAGGGUUCAAUCAAUUGAUCCGUAAUUGUCCUCACCACGGUAUUCAAAGAUGGGAGUUGAUUACCGCAUUCCAUGAUGGGAUUUCAAAUGAGGAUAGACGGGAUAUUAAGGCUAUCACUGGGGGUGCCUUUUUGAAAAAUCAUGUGGAUGUAGAUUGGGAUUACUUGGAUAUUGUUGCAGCAGAUUCAAAGAGGCAAGCACAGUCGGAUAGGAAUAAAAAGUAUCCAAUUGUGGCACCAUCAAGUGCAGGAGCCUCUAAUGCAAGGGUUGCUCAACUAGAGAGAGAAAAGGAGGCGUUGGAACGCCAGUUAGCGAAGUUUAAGGGUCUUGGCGCACGGGAUGCAUUGCAUGCGGCACAAACCUUUCCGGUUUGUGAUUCAUGUGGAGAGUUGGGUCACACUUUGGAUGUAUGCCCGGUUCAGUUUGUAGCGGCUGAGGAGGACGUGAACAUGGUGUAUGGGGAGCAAAAGAGUUAUGAUAUGAAUUCUAACACAUAUCAUCCAGGUUUGCGUAAUCAUCCCAAUUUUAGGUACAGUAAUACUUCUAAUCAGUUGAAUCCGACUUUUCAGGUACCAAAUCAAGGGAACCAGCAAUAUCAAAACCGGCAGCCGAAUUAUAAUAAAAAUUACAACCAAGGAGGCUAUAACCCGGGAAAUCAAAGGACCUACCAACAAAACCAAGAUCAAAGCAAAUCCAACAAUCAAAGCGAAGUUUCCAAUAGCGAGGUGAUGGAAAUGCUGAAACAAAUCAAGAAGGAUCAAGAAUUGCAAGCUAAAGCAUAUCAAUCCUUAGAAAAGCAAGUUGCUCAGUUGGCGGUUGAUGUGAAGGAGGUGAGAAGAGAUCCAGGGAAGUUACCGAGUGACACAACGAAGAAUCCGCAACAUCACGCAAGAGUUAAUUCGGUAAGUACCGUUCCUAAUUCUGACACUGUUAAUACAGAUCUUACUUUUUCUUCCCAAGUAGUUACAGGUAUAAGUGAUGGAAGUGAAGAAAGUGAAUUAGGAGCGCCGCACGUACCUAUUAAGGUAGGGAAGCUGAAAAUCCACAAGGCGUUGUUGGAUUAUGGGGCGAGCAAAAAUAUUCUGCCCGGCAGUUUAUUUGAUCAGUACGAAUUUGGUCCGUUGCAUGAGUUUAAUAGGAAGGUAAUACUGGCGGACGAUACUUGGAAACAACCGCGUGGGGUUGUUAAGGAUGUGAAGAUCCAGUUAGGUGAAUUUUACUAUUCGGUAGAUUUCUUGGUGUUGGAUUAUGCACCAACGAGGACGAAUGAGCAACAAAAGGUAAUAUUGGGACGUCCUUUCUUGCACACUGUCAAUGCUCAAAUCAACUGCAGAGAGGGAUUGAUUAUGAUGAGUUUUGAAAAUCGUAAGUUGAUUUUUAAUGUUUAUUCCAAAUCUAUUACUUACGAAAUUAUUAAUUCAGAUGAAGCAGUUGCUACUGAUGAGAUUGGUAUUAAAUGUGACAGGUCUAGACAUGUGAUAAACGAAGAAACUGUGAGAAAGGCGAAUGUGAAGAAGAAAGGAAAAAUGGGUAAACCACCCGAUGGUGGAAACACAUGGAGAGAGGAGGCUAAGGUUGAACUUAAUGCGCGUGAUUAUGCAAACUUUCCAGACUGUGCGAAGCUAGGUGAGUUGGAGAAGUCUGGAAGGAAACAUAUCUUUGAACCACCUUGA